AGUAGUAAAAGAAACGUUGAAAGUUGGACAGUCAUUGAGACAUAUCUGUUUGAUUCCAGUAUUUUUCUAAAAGGUAGACUAGUCACAACCAGAGGUUUCAGUGGCUCAGCGCAUCAGUUGUCUCAGAAGCCAAGAAAGGCUUUCCAUUAGAUAAUGAAUUAUGAAAUGUCUCACACUGGAAAAACCAGUCAUCCGCUGAUGUCAUGCUGAUUCUAACCAAUCCCAAACAAAGCCCUGAGUGGUACCAAUGUGCGAGUGUACAAAUAAAUAGUACAGUAUAAAACUUCGCAGUGCCAAUGCCGUGAAGAGGAACUCAGACAGCUCUGACCACAUGAUACAAGAGCCGGCUGCUGACAGAGAGAGGACCGGAAAGAGAAAUUGCUGAAGAGGAGAGGGGGAAAAAACAAACCCUGACCCCCCACAAAAAGCAACCCAACAAGCAGAAAAACCAAACCUGUGCGCGAGGGGGAGGAAAAAGCAGGGCCUUUAAACAAGGCAAUCGCGACCACUUUUGCUGCCAGGAUGCCCUUGCUGUGGCUGCGGGGACUUCUGCUGGCGAGCUGCUGGCUGGCACUGAGGGGCUCGCCCACCCCGGGACCCGAGGGGCACGGCGCAGCCCCCGCCUGUCCGUCCUGCGCGCUGGCCGCCCUCCCCAAGGACGCCCCCAACUCCGAGCCCGACAUGGUGGAGGCCGUCAAAAAGCACAUCCUCAACAUGCUGCACCUGAAGAAGAGGCCCGAGGUCACCCAGCCGGUGCCCAAGGCGGCGCUUCUCAACGCCAUCCGCAAGCUCCAUGUGGGCAAGGUGGGGGAGGACGGGUACGUGGAGAUAGAGGACGACAUCGGAAGGAGGGCAGAAAUGAAUGAACUCAUGGAGCAGACCUCGGAGAUCAUCACGUUCGCAGAGUCAGGCACAGCCAGGAAGACGUUGCACUUUGAAAUUUCCAAGGAAGGCAGUGACCUGUCGGUGGUGGAGCGCGCCGAAAUCUGGCUCUUCCUAAAAGUGCCCAAGACUAACAGGACCAGGACCAAAGUCACCAUCCGCCUCUACCAGCAGCAGAAGCACCCCCAGGGCAGCUUGGACGCUGGGGAGGAGGCGGAGGAGGUGGGCCUGAAGGGGGAGAGGAGUGAACUGCUGCUGUCUGAAAAGGUGGUGGACGCCCGGAAGAGCACGUGGCACGUCUUCCCCGUCUCCAGCAGCAUCCAGCGGUUGCUGGACCAGGGCAGGAGCUCCCUGGACGUCCGGAUUGCCUGUGAGCAGUGCCCUGAGAGUGGGGCCAGCCUGGUGCUCCUGGGCAAGAGGAAGAAGAAGGAGGAGGAGGGGGACGGGAAGAAGAAGGAUGGAGGCGACGGAGGGGUGGCAGGAGACGAGGAGAAGGAGCAGUCGCACAGGCCUUUCCUCAUGCUGCAGGCGCGACAGGCUGAGGACCACCCUCACCGCCGGCGCCGGCGGGGCCUGGAGUGCGACGGCAAGGUCAACAUCUGCUGCAAGAAACACUUCUUCGUUAGCUUCAAGGACAUCGGCUGGAAUGACUGGAUCAUCGCUCCCUCUGGCUACCAUGCCAACUACUGCGAGGGGGAGUGCCCGAGCCACAUAGCGGGCACGUCCGGGUCCUCACUGUCCUUCCACUCGACGGUCAUCAACCACUACCGCAUGCGGGGUCACAGCCCCUUCGCCAACCUCAAAUCGUGCUGUGUGCCCACCAAGCUGAGACCCAUGUCCAUGCUGUACUACGAUGACAGUCAGAACAUCAUCAAAAAGGACAUUCAGAACAUGAUCGUGGAGGAGUGUGGCUGCUCGUAGAGCUGCCCGUGCCGGGGGGACAGGGAGCUAGAGUUGUCCAGAGAAGACAGUGGCAGGAUGAAGAGAUUGUUAAGGUUUCUGAGUGAAAUAACCAGAAAAAUAGAAAUCAAAAACAAAACAAAACAAAACACACCUAAACUAAAAACAAAACCUUAUGAAUGAAACAGAUGAAGGAAGAUGUGGAAAAAACCCUUAGCCAGGCUUGGAGAGGAAUCAGGGCAGGAGACAGGAACGGGAGGGGAGGGGGAGGGGGGCGCCCUCCACCGGUUGUGCAGACCCGUCCCCCGCGGGUCCCUCGUGAGCCUCGACUGGUCUGGUCUGCAGUGAUGUGGGCUAGCACAACCCCAGUAGCAUCCAGAAAGCCGGGAGUCUGACAGGGCCAGUUACAGGCACUUCCCACCCAGUUACCCAGGUCGUAAAGUAUGUCCGUGUGACACCAGCUCUGUGUCCAUCAGCACACACACACGCACAGAGGCAUUUCCACACACCCCGUGCACACACAUACUGGUAAAAGAACAGUAGUGUGCAGGUGGUCACACUUUCUUUUUCUGCACCACUUUUGCAACAAGACAAAACAAGAGAAAAACCCAACAUAAAAAAAAUUGAGAGCAAGAUUGGGAAGAGUGAAAGAUCAAGGAAAAAAGAAUACCAAGUUACAUUUCGUUAAGGUGCUUAUGAUCUUAGAACUAUGCAACCUAAUAGGUUUGAAA